AUGUCAUAUUAUUAUUAUUCAUUGAAAGAAGCUGAAGUUGAAGUUGAUUUACAUUAUCGUACAAAACUUCUCGUUAUACAAACGAUCAAAGAUUGUCAUUUUAGAAAAAUACCCUGCGUAAAAUUUAUAACAAGACGGGGAAACCAUGUGAAUGCAACCGGGGAACGAGAAGUUCUUUAUGAAGAUUUUCCAUCAUGGAUGUUAGAUAAUGAGAUUAGACACUUAAUUGAACAAUGUCAAAAAUAUGAUGGUUAUUAUUUAGUUUAUCUUGAUUUAAAUCAUGCUCCUUCAUUAUUCAGAAGAUUAAUUUUUGGAUUUAGACCACCAGGUUGGUUUGGCCAAAAGUAUUGA